AUGGCGACGCUCGCGCUCACUCGCGUGUUACGUACGUGUUGUACUGCACGUCAACCAUUAGGACUUGCACGUGCGUUUGCGUCUGUCCCGUCUGCGCCGCUGCCCACGCAUUCAGUCGUGGAUCACCAUGUGACGGGCGACGCCAUGACGCCGAGCGACUACUUUGCCGUCGUGAAACUGGGCGGUACGCAGUACAAAGUAACCGAGGGAGACGUUGUGAUUGCCGAGAAGAUUAAGGACGCAAAAGUGGGAGAGAUCAUGGACAUGAACGAGGUGCUGCUCUUGGGCAACGUCAACCAGACGAUCGUAGGCAGACCGCUCAUCAGUGGCGCCAAAGUGCGCGCGCGCGUCGAGGAACAGACGCUGGAUGCCAAGAUUGACGUGUUUAAGAAGAAACGUCGGAAGAAUUACCGUCGCUGGAACGGAUUCCGUCGUCAGGUGACGGUCUUGCGUGUGACGGAGAUCGUGCCGGUUAGUGCCUGA